AUGGACUCCCCAUUGGGACUCUUUCCCCCCGGGAUGGAGCACAAGAUGUACCCCCUGAUGGACGUGGAGCACCGGCCGACCCCCCUUGACGCUCAGCUUUUCACCAACGUCAAGAAGAAAUGGCGACCAAAGGGACAGCACAGUGCGCCGCGCGGUGGGCCACCUCGAUCCUGGACAAACGCUGAGCUCACAGAAGCCCUUCAGCAUGUCUGGAAUAAGAAAAUGACGACGAGCCAGGCGUCACGGAUAUUCGGCAUCCCAUAUAAUUCUCUUCUUAUGUACGUUCGAGGAAAGUACGGAAAAAGUUUGAAAUUAGAACAGCUAAGAAAAGACUGUAUAGGCGGGCCUUUAGAGGUGUUAAAUUUAAAUUCUGGUAACAAUAACAACAACCAUCCAUCAAGCAAACAUAGCGUCAAAGAGGAACAGCAUCAGAACAUAGGCCAACGACCAGCAAGCUCCGAACCAGAUAUCUCCUCGAAUCCGAUGUUUAACCCCUUCCAACAGGGCUUUUACCCUGAAUUCCCACCUGGUUUUCCCAUGCCGCUGAACAUGCUCCACUUGUUACCGCCCAGUGAUAAAGCAAGAGAACUAUACCAGUCCAUGCCAAUGGCACUGGACUCUCUGUCUGGAGUGACAAAGGAGGAGGAUUGCAAGAGCGACCGAUCAAAGGAAAACUCUGCUGAUGAGGAGGGCGAUACGUAUCGUGCCCCUUCACACCCUCCCCACCCCCCGGACAACCGCACUCUUCUUCAUCACAACGGACAGGACUAA